GGGAACUGCGCAGUAUUCAAAGUUUGACAACGAACGAGAUACAAGCAAAAGCGAAGUAAACAAUACAAAAUGUCACUCGCGCCGUAUUGGUUUCGCCAUCUGAGGAAUCUGGCGGCCAGCCGGGACCCUUUCGCCAGAGUUUUUGAGGAUCCCUUCUCAGUGUUCGGGAGGGAUCCAUUCUUCAGCAGAGACCCGGUGAAGUUCAUCAAGGCAGUGACAGCGCCGGUCGAGCACGUCGAAGGCGUGUACUCCGAUCACGAAGUAAAAAUCGACGGGAAGAAGGUGGAAGUGCAUUUGGACGUGCAGAAUUUUACUCCGGACCAGAUCCAAGUGAAAACAGUGGGCAAUGAAAUCAUGGUGGAAGGAAAGAAGGAGAUUAAGAAGGAGGAUGGUUGGACGAGGAGUCACUUCGAGAGGAGAUUCCUGCUGCCCGAAGGUUUCCCCCCGGAGCGCGUGGAGUGUCAUCUCGAUAAAGGCAAACUGAAGCUGGUGGCGUUUAGAGCUGAACCCCUGACGGAGCGAACCAUACCCAUACAGGAUAAGUCCAGUGGCAGUGGCGAAAAGUCUUGAAUAAUAGUACCUAUUAACAUUUAACGUUUAAUUAGGUACCCAUAUAGACUGAGUAGUUUAGUACGAGUAUUACUUUCAAGUUGCAACUAGUGUCUACUUCUUUUGUAAUGUUUAUUGAUUAAAGAUUUUGAUUUAAUAAAUUUAAGUUUCAAUUUA